AUGCCCAAAUCUCAUCGCAUAACGAAACUCAUUCUGGAACACAAGCACCGGAUUCACUUACAUCCUGGAGUAUCGACGUUAUUCGUGAUCGCACGCCAACGCAACUGGGUGUUUGGCGCACGCAACCUCAUUCGAAAGAUCACGCAUGACUGUCUAAAAUGCUUUAGACAACGCCAACACCAAUUCAUGUCAGAUCUGCCGGCUGUCCGGGUUCGGCAGGCAUCCGUUUCGUUUGCAAACACUGGCUGCGACUACGCCGGGCCAAUCACCCUCAAGGUCCACAAGGGGCGAAAUCCACGCAAGGAAAAGGGUUACAUCUGCCUAUUUGUAUGCCUAGCCACUUCUGCCUUGCAUUUGGAAUUGGCUACAGAUCUUACAACCGACACAUUCUUGGCGGCACUCAGACGAUUCAUCUCUCCCCGCGGAAAAUGCUCGCAAAUGUAUAGCGACAACGGGAGAAACUUGGUCGGGGCAAAAAGGGUAUUAAACGAAAUGCAAACUCUUCUGAAGCCAGACGAACACAACAACACUGUACUGAAGGCCCUGGCAGACGAAGGAAUUAACUGGAAUUUAAUUCCACCCCAUGCACCACACUGGGGUGGCAAAUGGGAAUCAGCUGUGCGCUCUGUCAAAUUGCAUCUUCAUAGAGUAAUUGGCAAGAAUGUACUCACUCUUGAGAAAAUGCACUCACUUCUCGCCAAAAUAGAAGCUGUGGUCAACUCACGUCCACUAUUCUCAACUUCGGACACUGAGGUCAACUAUCUGUCGCCAGCACACUUCCUCAUUGGUCGUCCCUACACGACAGUACCAGAAGGCGAUCUAUCAAAUGUACCAAUCAACCGUUUGGAUUAUUGGCAACAAACUCAAGCUGUGCUGCAAGGCUUCUGGAAACAAUGGCACAUGGAAUAUCUUACAUCACUCCAGCAUCGGCCAAAGUGGAUGAAAAAAUCGGUCAACAUGGCCAACGAUGACAUCGUGCUCCUUAAGUAUUCUCACACCCCGCCAGCAGCAUGGCCUCUCGGAAGAGUCAUCGAAACGUAUCCAGGGAAGGAUGGAAUGGUUAGGACUCCAACUGGAGAAACCACCCGUCCAAUUGUCAAGAUCGCCCUAUUACCAAAUUCUGAAACAGUGUUUCAGGGGAGGCCGGGAUGUUGA